AUGGAGCCCAAGGCGGCGGCUGGAGCCCGGGAGACGCGGGGGCGCGUCUGUCACUGCCCAGGGGACGAUCCCCAGAGGCCUCCGCCACAGCGCGUUCCGGAGAGCCCCGAGCUGUGGCGACCUUGGAUCCAGACACCUGAAGAUGAUGAACUGACCAGAAUGGAAAGCCGGCUUGCAGCUACGGCUGACCAACACGGUUUUGGAUCAAAGGGAGCCUUUGGGUUUCAGCAUCCUGUAAGACUCUAUUUACCCAUGUCAAAGCGUCAAGAAUACCUGCAGAGUUCCGGGAUGAAAGUGCUGGCCAGUUUCCCCGUGCAAGCCACCAUUCACUUCUACAACGAUGAAGCCACCGAGUCCGCUUCGGAAGCUGAAGAGUCAGAGGAGGGACCCCCGCCCCUCCACCUGCCGCCCCAGGAGGCGGGGGGUCUGCAGGAAAAAGGCCCAGGAGGGAAGGACGGGGACCAGGACAUCAACUGA